AGCACCUGCGGAAGUGUGCAAAGGCACGCUUCACAUGUCCAUAUGAACAACUACACUGUGAAUUAAAGUCAGUUGAGCCAGUUUUUGCUGAAGAAAUGGCCAGCAUAGAUGUACUGACAACAAGGUUUUACUCAUAUGAUAAAAUGUACAGUCAGGAGUUACGCGAACAAAGAUUUGUGGACUGGCCGUUUAGAGAGGAAUGUAACUGCACACCUGAAAAGAUGGCCAAGGCUGGGUUCGUCCACUGCCCCAGUCAGAAUGAGCCUGAUGUUGCCUGCUGUUUCUUCUGUCUGAUUGAGCUUGAGGGCUGGGAGCCAGAUGAUGAUCCCUGGUCUGAACACAUAAAACGCUCCCCUAAUUGUGGAUUUUUAACCAUGAAGAAAGACUUCACCGAACUAACUGUGGCUGAAUUCUAUCACAUGGAAAAGGAGAGGCUAAAGAUCUACCUUAGGAAGGUUUGUCAUAAGAAGAUGGCAUAUUUGCGGGAUGACAUAGACCACACGCUUGAGAGCCUUAAAUCUCAGUUGGAGUCUAUAUGAGUGAAAUCAAAAUUCCUGUCUACAUAGUAAUUGUAUUGCAUCACUAAUCUGUGGCAAGAGGCUGUAGUAUUCACUCAACAGUCUGAUGUACUGGCAGUUUGAAAUAUCAAUAAAGUUUUGAGAAAUAUUA